CGCGUCUAGGGGGGGGGGGAGAGAAAGGCUUUUGUUUAUUCCCUUUUUGUGUUAUAUCCUUUUUGUAAAAAAAAUUAAAAAAAAAAAAAUGACUUCUGUUGCUGAUAUAUUUGAAGACUAUGUAGAAAGUUUACAAAACUUGCCGUCUGAAAUCGAUCAAAAUAUGCAUGAAUUACGUAGCAUGGAUGAAGAAUUUCAACGCUUUCGAGAGAUUUACACCAAACAUCGACGAUCGUAUACGAAAUUGUGUCGUUUGGCGCACCAUGGGACACCAACGACACCUACACCCUCCCAGAAUUUGACGAGCUCACGACUCCAAUUAGAGAAAGAUUACAAACUAGCAGUACAAAAGCAAGAUCAAAAGAUUGACUUGACAAAACGCAUGUACGAUUUAGUGUCACGCCAUAUUGAGCGUAUUGAUUCGCAAAUGGCCAAGAGCGACAUUGCUGAUUUGGACUGGAUGGGACAGGCCACGCGUAAGAGUCAUGCCAUGGAGGAUACAAGUUGGCGUUUAGAUGCACCUAGUCAUGGACGUAAACGACCUUCACCUCAUGGUGCUCUUUCCGUCCGCAAAAGAACACUUCAUUCGUCGCGACCUAACCCAGCGAUGGGACAAAAUGGUACCUUGACAGAAAUUGAAAUUGAUCCCAAUGAACCCAAGUAUUGUUAUUGUAACCAAGUUUCAUUUGGUGAUAUGGUUGCUUGUGAUGGUGAAAACUGUGAGAAGGAAUGGUUUCAUUAUGCUUGUGUAGGAUUAGCAGAACCUCCUGUUGGAAAAUGGUAUUGUGAUGAUUGUGCAGCUGAGGAAGGGUAUCGAAAGAAAUUGAAACGUUUUACAGAUGAAAUGUUUUAAGAUUUUUUUUUUUGGCAUGGAUUAAGAAAAGAGAAAAGAAAUACCCCCCACCACCAACACACACAUAUAUGAAUUACAACCGUCCAUCUUUUAGAUGUUCACAUAAAUAAAAUAUAUAAAAAUAUAUUUCUAUAUCAAUUUAACGGUUCCAUGACAUUUUGGAUGAUACACACCUAACUGUGUAUACUUUCAUGCCCGUUUUUUUGAUAAAUAAUAAAAAUCAUGCAUGAGUGAUUUAAAAAAAA